GAGUGCGUGCCAGCAGAGUGUGUGUGUUUGGUUACCGCAGUUGCCUGGGUUUGUAGUAUGGGGUGUUUAGUGCUCUUGCAAGAGUGUGCAUAUCCAGCGUGUUAAAUGUGUUGUAGUUUCACCCCCAAACCCGGGUAAUAAGUGCCUCUAAAAAAUGCCCAAACACGCUGGGCUAACUCUUGGUGUUGCAUCAUUGGUGGGUACAACAGUGGGGUUUCUUGUCCUUUGGAAGUUUCUUAAAAAUCGCAGGAGACGGCUUUGCUCUGCUGUAGAUCACAGAGAUACAGUUGUUCUAGAUGCCACUGGGCAUGAUACUGACAAGCAGUGUACAUUAACAAAACUGAAAGAAACGCCCAAGAUAGAAUCUGAUGGCAUUUCUGUGGUCGAGAAGAUACUUGUGGCAGACACUGAAAUAGUCUCUAAAGCCGAUGAAUGGGAGACUGUGUGGCUUUUGCUAAAGAAAGAUCUUGAUGUUUAUCCUGUACUCGGCAUGGAUUGUGAAUGGGUAUCUGUAGAUGAAAAAGCCAGUUCUGUGUCUCUUCUGCAGAUGGCUUCUUUCAGUGGAUUUUGUGUCCUGGUUCGUUUGCCUCAACUGACAAGUUCAGGAUGCACUAUUCCAAAGACCCUACUUGAACUUUUGGCAAACAGCAGUGUUCUAAAGGUUGGAGUGGGAUGCUGGGAAGACUCCUCUAAAUUGUUGAAUGAUUAUGGCCUUUCUGUGAAAGGAUGUGUAGAUAUCCGAUACCUGGCAAUGAGACAUAGGAGAGAUAUUCUCCAGAACACGCUGAGCCUGAAGUCUCUCUCAGAAACUAUUUUAUCAUUUCCUUUGGACAAAUCUUUUCAGCUUAGAUGCAGUAACUGGGAUGUUGAAGAGUUAACUCAGGAUCAGGCAAAAGUCUCAUCCAUCCAGCCAGAUAUGCAGACCCGCAGUAGAACAUGCUCAGAGUCACACUCCUUGUUUCAAUAUCCCAGUGCAAAGGUUUUGUAUGCUGCCAGAGAUGCUCAGGUAUCUGUUGCCCUUUUCCUGCACCUUCUUGGGUUCUUCUCGGCUGAUUUGCCCUGCCCAUGGGAACCGUUGUUGGGAAAAUGCCAAGGACUAAUAGAUAUUCCCUUUAAAGGAAAAGGGAAUGGUAUUUCGAAUGGUGAAGUGAGUGGAUCCUUAAAACAGAGGAAAGAGAAAGCUGGUGAUCAGUCAACACAAAACUCUCAAGACAGCGAUCCCCGCAGAAACAAAAGGAAGCAACUGGGUGUGGGAUAUUCUGCAAGAAAGUCACCUUUGUAUGAUAACUGCUUCCUGCAUGCCCCUGAUGGACAACCGCUGUGUACCUGUGAUAGGAAAAAAGCUCAGUGGUAUUUGGAUAAAGGCAUCGGAGACCUGGUGAGCGCCAUUCCUUUCAUUGUGAAGCUGCGAUUUGAGCCGUCUGGCCGCCCAGAGUCCAACGCAGAUUAUUACUUAACGAUUAAGGAGAACCUCUGUGUCGUAUGUGGAAAGAGGGAGUCCUACAUACGGAAGAACAUUGUGCCCCAUGAGUACCGACGUCACUUUCCUGUUCAAAUGAAGGAUCACAACUCUCACGAUGUGCUUCUCCUCUGCACUUCUUGCCACGCUGUGUCUAAUUACUAUGAUUCCAACUUGAAACAGAAGCUGGCUGAGGAGUUCAAUGCCCCUAUUGGCUGCGAAGAAGGUGUUCGCCUGCUAGAAGAUCCUAUACGCCGCCAGGUGCGCUCUGCAGCUAGAGCUCUUCUAAAUGUUGCAAAUCUACCAAAGUGCCGCAAGGAGGAGCUGAUCAGUGAAAUCAAAGCUUUUUAUAAUAUGGAGGAUGUCACUGAAGAGACUAUAAAAGAGGCUGCUGGUCUGGAAACCAGGCUAUUCAAUGAGACCUAUACUCCACAUGGACUGAAAGUGGUGCAAACGUUUGCCCUGGGUGGCCUGAGGCCUCUAAUGGAGCUUGAGAAGCGGUGGCGGCAGCACUUCCUUGACACCAUGCAUCCCAAGCAUCUUCCUCAGCAGUGGUCUGUGGACCAUAACCACAGCAAGCUUCUCAAAAAAUAUGGUGAUGAUCUUGUUGUCCAACUCUGCUAGCACGGCAGGAGUUUCAAAUUUGGACUUCUUAUUGGGCCGGGGCUGUAGAUUAUAUGAGUUUUACCAGAACAGUGUAGGACCUUUUAUUUAACCCCAUUAACAUGGGAUGAAGUAUGAUUUGCCUUUUAAUUUUGCCCUUUAAAUUCAAAUACCUAUAUUUAUAUUCCGCUUUAAACUGUUUUGGUUUCAGCUUGACACCUCCUGUAGAACCUGAGGUUCACAUUUUUGCUAUGGAAUUCUUAAGAGUCUUACUUUGUACGGGGAGACAUCUCCAUACAACUCUGAGCCUGCUGCCCAUACACUAUAUAGCACAUAAGGCACAAUUCCUUGCCAUUCGUGUGCGUGAAAUGACUGAGCUAUGAGAGUGCGUCCAUUAAACAGGAAAUCUAGGGAUCCUUGUAUAGCAUUUCUUGAUUUUUCCUGUUUAUCGUACACGGUUAUUUUUAGUUGGAUUUCCUCCCAUCUGACCCUUUUUAACUUAUUUAAUUAUCUUUGUGGGGAGAAAUCUAAUUUUUGAUUCGAAGACGCCUCUCGCAUGAAAUGCAUGAAAAAAGUAAAAAAAAUGGCAACUUUAACUGUAAUUUAUUUUGAAUAAAGAAGAAAGUAAUUUGUAA